AUGGCUGUCUAUACAUUUCCCGAUGUAUUUUUCUGGAUUCAGAACCUUCCUCCAGUCUCAGAAUGGAGCCCAGCCUCAGGUUCCAUGACCUUACGCUUGUGUUCUUCAAGCACGUCCCAGCCUUCUCUUAAUCUCAGCAUAGCCAGAAGCCUCCGAUCUUCAAAACUCUUUUUCGCCAUUGUCGCAGACUUUAAGAUCCCAGUAACUCUCUGGACUUCUAAACCAUUCAAGCCCAGUUCUAAUGAUAAUACCAAAUCCAUCAAGUUGUUAAACGAAUCAACCACCUCCAACGUUCUUGUCAACUUCAUUGAAGCCAUUCUUCAUUACGGUUCUAACAAAAACAGCCCCUCCUUGAAAUUCCCCAAACUUGAUUCCAUUCUUCCCAACCUCCCAGACACAUUCAACCUCGCAUUUCUCACCCUCUUGUUCCUAGUUAUUAUAUAUGAAGCCCCAGAAGAUCUACGCAUUGGAUGCGUUACUAGUAUUAAGAACCACUUGUCAGGUUCUGAUUCAAGAGAAGCAUCAAAGCUUCUGAUGAAACUGCUGGGAUCUAACUUGGAAGAGCUGUGGAUGCGUUCUGUGAACUUGGCUAUCACAACUUGCGUCGUGGAGCUCCGAACAGUGAAUCAGAGUAACUGCAGAACGCCUUGUGCCUUGUUCUCUUGUGCUUUUUCGGAUUUUGGGUUAUGGAAAGUUCAGUUGUACUGCCCAGUUAUAGCCAUGGACGUUGAGAAUUCGAAUAAUCACUCUGUUGAUGAGAGGCUUCAAUUCUCUCUCAGAUACCACCAGCUUGAAGGUGUUCUUCAGUUCAAUUACCAGGUUACAGUCCAAGAGAAGUGGGUGGAGAUCGUGGUGAGCAUUGACAACAUAAGGUGUGACGUUGUGAAGCUUGUGAACGAGAACCUUCUGAGAGGACGAGGAAUAGGGGCAGGGGAAAAGCAUUUCCCUUCAAGAAUAUGCUUGGAACUCACACCCACACUACAAAACCAAGUGCUGAGUCUAUCAGUGAGCAAAUCCACAGAGAACCCACGAAGAGAGAUAGGCAUAGACAAAAGCAUAGAAGCUUCCCUGGAACCAAACAAUCCCUUGGGUCUCAAAGUAUCAGCUGGAGAGACAUCAACAGUGAGCUUGAAGCCAUGGAAGUUCGAAGAAUCCACGUACGGUUACAGUGCGAACCUGAACUGGUUUCUUCAUGACAGCAUAAAUGGUAAAGAAGUGUUCUCGUCCAAGCCUUCGAAGUGUGCAUUGCUCAACCCUAGGUCAUGGUUCAGAGACAGGUAUUCGAGCGCUCAUAGGCCUUUUACGAGGCAGGGAGGGAUCAUAUUUGCAGGCGAUGAGUAUGGAGACAGUGUGCUGUGGAAAGUGGAUAAAGGUGCCAUUGGGAAGACGAUGGAGUGGGAGAUUAGGGGUUGGAUUUGGUUGACGUAUUGGCCUAAUAAACAUAAAACUUUCUACAGUGAAACUCGCAGGUUCGAGUUCAGAGAAACCCUCCAUCUCCACAUCGCUUAG